GCAAAACCGAAACCGUCUUAUGAAUGAGGGUAGCCAGGAUGUCGAACUUCAGUACCCGCGUGGACCUUCGAUAGAAAUGUACCUCUGUAUCUGCGGUGUUCUGUUAACCCUUGGCCUAAUUUUGUUUUUUUCGUACUAUGGAUUAUUUAUCAUCGAAUUCGUGCCGCAGAAACUAUGUUUAUGUCACGAAAAAAGCACUCAGACGGAUCUGUCCCAGGAGAAAAUGCCGUCUCAGAAACGUGGCUCUCCGGAUCAAAUAGAUGCUAUCAACAAAAAACUGGAAGAACCAGAGCUGUCACAUGAAGUAGUCCUACGGUGCCCAAAUGUGAAGAAGUCUCUUCAGCAGGUGUUUGAGUGCGCAUACUCCCAGUACAUUCUGACCUGGUACAAUGUCCCCGGGCCCAGGAACAAGCAGCCACUGUAUAUCGCCCUGAAGAGGCAGUUUGACACACUUGUUGACCGGGUCAUAAGGAGAGCCAGCGACAUCAACUUUUCUUCUAUUGCUGUGGAUUCUGUUCGAAUCCUCACCCAGCACCUACACAAUGCCAAGCAGCCUAAAAUUAGAGGCCAGCUCUUCAGCUCCACGACAGAUGAGAUUGCAGUCCUCAGGGUGUUUUCUGAAGCUCUGGUGCGCAACUUCUUCCCUGAGUCCCUCACAACCCAGGACCUGACUCGCUGUGCCCUUAAUGAAAUUGUGACUUUAAAAGUGCUGCAGCUGUUGGUGGAAUGGCUGUCAGACCCAGAUAACCUGAAUCAGCUAAUGGUGAGUUACCUGGAUCCCAUGACCCCAAAGAACUCCACGGAUGAGGUGCAGGGGCCGCAGGGAGACGAUGCACCCUCCUCAUUGGGCAGUGAGGCCAAAGAAGCCAUAAGAGAGGGUACUGAAGAUGCAAAUGUCAAACCCAAAAAGAAAGGUGUGCAAAAGCUGUUCUGGAAGUGA